AUGGACCUGAUAACAUUGAUGAUGUCUUCUUGCCUCGUCGAAGACCCAGCGACAAGAAGACACCAACCGCGCAAUUACGUGGAAACGUUAGAAGCCAAGGUUGCAUUUCUUGAGGACCUGUUACGAAAAGCACGCCAGGAAAACACUACUCCGCCAGUUGCAGCUUCGAGAACAGAGGAUACACCAAGUGGCUCUUCACCCGAGGUAUCUGAGACGAAAGACGACGAUGACGACGACGACGCUAGCGCAUUGUCGAGCAAAGUCGCCCUCCUGGGUAUGACAGCUGAUGGAGAAGAACGGCACUAUUUGGGUCCGUCAUCUAUCUUCUCCUUCUCACAUGUGAUACACGCUUCCCUUCGUCAACCUUUCCCGGGAAACCAUUUGGAGUCUUUGAAUGACUAUCAAGAUGAUACAGCAGCAGCACCAUCUCCGUGUUUUCUACCUGACUAUGAGCUAGGUAUCUCUCUGAGCAACGCUUACUUUGAGAAUAUCCAUCCUCAUUAUCCUUUUCUACAUGAGCCCACGUUUAGGCGCUGGGAAGACACGCUUGUCAGGCCAUCCAACACCAUCGGAGAGCUGGAUUUUGAUCCCGCCCCCUUGUUCUUUGUCAACAUGCAAUUACCGCUGAUACUUCUUCAGCAACUUUACGCAUCAGCACAGUUUUAUAUCGGCGAUAUCUUAUCACGCAACAACCUAGAAGCCAUACAAGCCAUCCUUUGCUACAGCAUGUAUUCUCUUAGAAGCUCUCGAGGUCCAUCUAUCUGGAAACUGUCUGGCAUAGCCCUUCGUCAAUGUAUUGAACUUGGAUAUCACCGCAGCGUCAAUCCCUUCGGGUCUAAGACAGGCACCCUGCGAUUUGAAAUGCGAAAGAGAGCCUUUUGGUGUACUUUUGGAAUUGACUGCUAUGCAGCAACGAUCCUAGGGCGCCCUCUAGGCAUUCCUCUACAAGAGGUCGAUGCCGAGUUCCCAUUGGACAUCGAUGACUCCAACAUAACCGAGACCGAUAUCCUAGUAGAACCGCGGAGCCCCAACAGUGCUUUUUCUACAACCAUGUCGACUGCACUUCAUGUCUUCCGACUUCGCAAAAUCUGGGCACGUCUCCACGCGUCUUUGUAUUCGGACAAGUACAACAUGGACAAUACAACCCAUGACGAUCGAAUUCCUCUAUUUCGGGCAGAGAUUGACGCUUGGCUUGCCUCCACUCCUCCCUUACCGCCACGGACUGGAGCUGCCUUAUCAAUCCUCGCAACCCAAGAUUGGUAUGAUCUCAGUCAUAGCGAGACUAUUAUCAUGCUCUACCGAGGUCGCUUGAUUGAUCAUCUAGGGGGUGCCAGUGAUGACUUAUUCCUGCAAUGUGCUCGUGCCGCCGAGAGCAUCUGCUUGAAGAAUAGGCGGUUAUACGUUGCGAAGCCAGUAAAUUGCACCUGGGGUACUCUUCACGUCAUCUUCUCCGCUGGACUAACAUACCUUCAUUGUCUAUGGACAUCGGCUGCCGUUCGUCACCGAACCUCACUCAACGAGAUGAGCAGCACCCUCACAAGUUGCACGAUGGUUUUAGCAGUGAUAGCUGAACGGUUCAAGGGCGCCGCUCCCUACAGAGACAUCUUUGAGGCCCUUUGUACCCGUACUAAGGAGAUGAUGGUAGACGGUGGUGGUGAGCAGUUAGGUGUGCAGAUAUCAACAAUGGAUCCAUGCUAUGUAAUGCCGGGCAGGUUCACUCAGUGGAUGGCUGAAAUCUCAGAUGUAGGGAUACCAGAUACAGUUGAUAGUCUCCUAGCUGGUCUAGUGUCAGAUUGUGUGACUUAUGAAGGGAUUGGGGAACUGAUAUAA